AUGACGUUCGAGUUCACUCAUGAGAUGGGCGUUAUCUCGAACCGGCUUUGGGCCGUCCCCUCAGCUGUUGGCGCAGGUCUUUGCUUUCUUGUCCUCUUGGUUAUUGCCGCUGUGGGGAUACACCCUCGGUCCCGAUCAUACCUCGAUCGUGUUAGCUUCCGGAUCGUUGUAUACGCUCUCUUCGCCAACAUGAUAUUCGGGAUUGCGAGUGCGGUUGGCGGUACGGAGACAGGUCCAGGCUUUACUUGCGGAUUCUCGAUCUUCGUUCUGCAGUUAACUCUGCAGUUCUCGAGUUGUCUCCUAUUUUUCAUCGCCCUCAAUCUGCAACUUGUCGUUGUCCACGGAUGGAAUGGUCAGACAAUGGAGAAAUACUACCUCAUGGUCUCUGCCUUUAUAUCAGUCGCCCUGACGGUCCCACCCUAUGCUGCCCAUCAAUACGGUUGGGACCCUCUAGAACGGGUUUGCUGGUACACGAACGCCGACUUGCACGAGCGAGUCAUCUGGCAGAUGACGACGCAAAUGGGAUGGACGGCAUUCACAGUCAUUGGUGAAGUCGUCUGCUCGGCCGUCGUCCUUAUAUAUAUGAUGAGGCAUAACGCUCGCAGUCGGAGAGUAUUUGUCCCUGUUCAGACGAUUUCCGACACAUCAUCUUCGCCAGCCGUCCUGCAUGCCAACAGACACAGACAUAUCAUUUUCCGCAUUUCACUCUACCCCGUUGCAUCGUGUUGUGUUAACCUAAUGAGUGUCGUCACGGCGUUGCACUCGACCUUGUCCGGCGGGAUUCAUGAUCAAACGGACUAUAACGUUCUUCUGCUGAGCGAUAUCUUGUAUGGAGGUCGUGCUAUCGUAUACGCGUUGCUUGCCAUCACUGAUCCAGCUCUUGUCCGUGGGAUGCGGGCACUGUUCUCUUAUGUCAUGUACGGUUCCGACGCGACGACGAGCUCGGGGACGAAAACUGAAGGUUCCACAUUCUCAAGACCUGGGCAAGUCAAACGGCCAGAAGUAUUUGUAGAACUAUCGACGAUCCUCUCUCCGCCAGAGGCAACCGGAAAGGGGGAAUCUGACGAAGCGAACCCCACCGGCACCAUGACAGAUAGCAAAGCUGACCAUCCCGACCGUCAACAAAGAUUCGCCUCUGACGUCGAUCUAUCGUCAAAUAGCGAAGACAAAGAAGCACCUAGCAACUACGAUGAAGAAGCUGCAAGGCGGGACACUGGUCCAGGUCUUCAAAGCCGAAUGAGAGAGGCUCGGAGGAAGGACAAGGCGGAGCAAGAUGCAUUUACGAAGCAGAUAUAA